AUGUCGUCUUCCCUCUCUUCGUUGCGUUCUUCGCUGUCUUCGCCCCUUCUUCCUGCGCACCCGUACGCCGUGAAUAAGGAACUCCCGAACGGCCUAGCGUACUUUCUGCUUCCCCACGCCUAUCCGCCAGGCUCGCUAGAGGUCCACAUGGAAGUGCAUGCAGGCAGUACGAGCGAAGGGGAACACGAACGAGGAAUCGCGCAUUUGUGCGAACACAUCAGCUACAUGGGCAGCCGAACGCGCGAGGCUCUGAUUCGCCGCCAGGCGGAAACAAACGCAUACACAGACUUUCACCACACGGUCUUCUUCGCGGCGUGGCGGGGCGGCGACAAAGAAGAGGCAGGGAGUCCCCACCAAGGACGACACGAACACCUAACCAGCGAGGAGAAACUCCGCCUCGCGUUAACUGCGAUGAAAGAAGUCCUCGAAGCGCCGACGCAGUUCACCACGGAGCGGCUGAAUCGGGAGCGGUCGGCAGUAAUUUCGGAGGCAUCGCUGGUCAACACCAUUUCGUACCGCAAGGAGCAGAUUCUGCUUUCGUUGCUGCACGCAGAGACGAUUCUGCCGUCGCGGUUUCCCAUCGGCCGACUGGACCAAAUAAGGUCGUGGAAAGUCGAAGACGCCAGGCGCUUUCACGCCCGCUGUUACAGACCUGACAACGCGGCGAUCUACGUCGUCGGGGACAUCGGGCGCGAAAGGGCAGAGAAAAUCGUCCGGGAGGUCCUCGGACCCUCUCAGUCUCCACCGUCGUCUGUUUCGGGUUCCCCGUCUGGGUGCUCUUCGCUUUUUUCUUCUCGGGAACUCCACGUGUGGCAACAUCCUCUGAUUCAGCAGUUCUCUCUGGUGUUUCUGUCGAAGAAGCCUCUCCAACCUCUCAAGACAUUCGCGGAUUACAAACGCCUGAUCCUCCGCAAAUUAAUUCUCCAGGCGCUUUCCCUGCGGCUCAGUUCCGCCACCCGAGAGAAAGGCGCGAAGAUUCACCAAAUCGAUUUGUGUGAAGUAAACAGCAUCAAAGAAGGAUGUCGCGUUCUUUCGCUCGAGGUCCAGUCGGACCAAAGGGGCGAGGAAUGGAAAGACGCCAUCAAUACAGCCAUUCAACAGGUACGCCAGAUGGCGCACUACGGCCUGUCGGUGUCGGAGCUGAGAAGCCUCCUCGGCACGUACAGCGUCAACUUGCGUCGUCUUCGCCUCUCGCAACUUUCCUCUGCGGACAUGCUGCGCGUGGUCAUGGAAACGGCAGCUUGUCAGCACACACUCCUUCACCUUGAAGAGGAGAAGCUGAUCGCGAUGCAGCUCUUGGGCCUGCAUGGCUGCGACCCCACCAGCAGCCUCGCUUCCGAUUUAUCCCAGCAGUCGCCCUCCGUUUCCGCGUCGCCUCCGUCGUCUUUAGAAUCGUCGUCUCGACCGGACGUGGCGAGCUCCUCGGAGGUAGCAGCAACGGCAGACGAGAGAAAUCCACCGCCGAACGAUGCUCGGUCAGAAGCCGAAGACGAUGCGCCGUCACCGGGUGAAGGCGCGCUUUUGCGCGAAAUCAACGAAGAAGCGAAAGACCUGUGUAGGUGGAUCGAAAUUCUUCCUGACGACGCUCACAGCGGACCCGACGUCGUUCUCGCCUUCAUGCACGGCCCAGCUGCUUCGGAGCGGCCACGCACGGGCCAGGCAGGGACUCACGAGGCAGAAGAAGGGAACGCAGGACCGCUGGCGGGCGGCCACGAAAGACAGGAAAGUGCCGAAGGCGCGCCUCGGGAAGCGAGUUGCAGUGCACUGGUGAGCCAGCGGUACCGGACGCUCAACGGCAAGGCAAGAGAAAUACGGAGACACCAUCCUGCAGGUUUGGAAGAAGAGACGUCCGGGCGGCAAGGCGGAGCAGACGCAAAGGCGAAAGAAAGCGAGACCGACGUGCGAGAACACAGCACGCGGGAACCGCACGUGGCACGCGGAGACCGAGCGAUCGCGCCAAUCAAAAAGGCAGACAUUGCCGCAGCCAUUACGCAUGCAUUUCACCAAGAAGUCGAGCCUCCAACAGCAGACAUUCAGGCCCCUGCGCGCCUGUUGAGCGCCGAAGAGAGCGCCGUGCUGCGUCAGCAGGCCACCCGCGUUCCGGCGCAAGGCUCCGACGGAAGCGAAGCAGAAUCCGCGGACGCAGCCUCGAGCGAGAAACCAAGAGAGGACGCGAUGCAGCCGAGUGACCCUGCGACAUCCUUUUUGCGCCGGAGCAAACUAGAAAACGAAGAGGAAGACGACAGUGCACACGCUUUCCUCCACAACCAUUCGAUGAGGAUGACCAGUCUGCAAAACAAUAUCAAAUUCAAUGCCAAGUUUGCCGACGACGAGAAAGGGACUGCACACAUUCGUCUUCUGCUCCCAGGCGGACGCAUGGGCGCGGCGGUGAAUCCUGCCGUGUCUUCGUCGUCGCUGCAGGGUCGAAGCGUCGAUCAUGGCGCGAAGGACGCAAACGACGGAGACAGCGAAGAGGCAGAGAACAGGCGCAGACGGCUGGAGGCCCGCAGUCGCUGGGGCGCUGCGCUGGUCCUCGGCGCCCGCACCAUGAUGGAAGGAGGUGCCUUGGGCGGCUUCACCAGACAGCAGGUCGAGAGCUUCUGCCAGAAAAACUUGAUAGGUGUCUCCAUUGAUUGCUUGGAUGAGUUUUUCUCAAUUGACAUUAGCGUCCCGACAAACCUUGGAGGCGACUUUCCGGUCACCAAUGGCCCUGAGGGCGGUCCUCUGGAGAGUGCUUUUCACCUCCUUCGCCUCAUUCUCUCCUCCUUUGUGUACGAAGAAGACGCCUUCGAUCGAGCUAGACAGCAGGUGCUCUUGGACUACGAGCACUACACGAAGGAUCUUUCGGCAUACUCCCUGGGACAGCUGGUGAUUGAGAUGAGCGGCGGCGACUCGCGCUUCCUGUGCCUUCGCCCGGAGGUCAUCAAGACGCUGUCUUUCUCGGAUGUGAAAAGCGUCGUACGCACGCUUUUGAGAGACCAGCUGAAGGCGGGAAACAUGGAGCUGAAUGUGGUGGGAGACAUCAACUUACGCGACACAGAGGAACUCGCACAGGUAUACCUGGGAACCUUGCAGAGCCUUCCUCUGGAUGAGGAAGACAAACCGACAAAGCAGGUCGAAAGGUGCGAGAGCGCUGUGGCGGAAGAUGCAGGUGCGCGCCAGGCAGAUUACUCUGUGGAGCGCGCUAGGGAAACAGAGAGAGGUUUGAACCAGGAAGAAGGGAAAGGACUCGCGUUAGAGAGAGAGAGCGAAGCGGAAGCCCUGCGUGACCCGCGCCGUCAUCCUGCCUUCGGACGCGUCGCCCUCUGGCUUCUCCAAGAAAUUGUGUCCAAACGGAUGUUCAGUGUGCUACGCGAAGAGCAGCGCCUGACGUACGACGCGACGUUCGAUUUUCUUUCCUUUGAAAUUCUUCGGGGCGGUCUUUUCGUCGUGACCGUACAUACAGAGCCGCGUCUCGUGGAGGCAGUUCUGCAGGCUGCUCGUAUGGCGCUAAGAGACCUCGCGACAAUUCGCCCGCUUCAAGGAUACCAGCUCGAAAGUGCAAAGAAACAAAUUAUCUCCCGGCAUGCACACGAUAGGCAGUUGGCGAGGUACUGGAUGGAGCUUCUCGCUGGAGUACAGCUCGACGAUCUGCCUCAAAAGAAUCUCGCAUAUAUUCGAGAUCUCCCAGCUGUCGUUGAGAGCGUCUCGCUGGAGGAUCUGCAGGAGAUAUUUGAAUCAUUUGGUCUGCGUGACGCGGACCUCUGGGAGGGCGUAGGGACCUCCGGCCCUGUACCCCCUGGCGGCUUCAUAGGCAGAAACAGCGGCGAGCGAAAGAGCCUUUCUGUCGCUUCGACACUUAGGAAGUAA